AUGCCGUCCUUUUACGCCCCUGCCCUCCAGACGGGCUUCCCUCCUACUCCCCCCCAUAUCACGAGUGGUGGUCGAUUGGAAACCGAGCAACCUUUCUACGUCAUGGGCCCCUCGGCUUUUCCUCCUCGCUAUUCUCAGAGCGGCUGUGAAUUUAUCGAGCAGUACUCCCAGUCAGGUUGCUACGCCAAACCCGCUCCGAUGAACUUGCACCCUCAAACUGCCCACUCGAUGCGUACUGGCAGAGAUAUGGCCGCCGCGAUGAACCAGCCUAUGUUCGGCCCCAUGGCCGCCGCCAACGUUCUGCCGCCCAUCCGUGGUGGCAACGUUCAAUUGCCCCCGAUGGACAACGGCAUUUCGUCGCAGUACCGUCGACAAGACAUGAUGGGUCAGCCCGAACAACAGCAACCGCGCAAGGAGGAAAAGGCCACUGGAGGCGUUGCCGCCCAUUUGGAUUAUGAGAUGGAUCAGAUGUCCGACUUCGUGGCCGAGAUGGCCCAGGGAAUGUAUGCUUUGUACAUCACCAAGAUCACCCUAGCAGAUAUUGACUUCGCGCGAAGCGUCUACCCAGGAACCUCGGUCCCGCCUCAAUUCCGGAAAUACGUCUUCCAGGUUUUGUCGUCGACUCGCCUCCCGAGCUCGACCAUUCUCUUGGGUCUUUACUAUUUGGCCAGCCGCAUGCGCAUGCUUUCCUCCGCCAAGGUGUUCGCUUCGGGAAGUGGCCAGGUCUACCGCAUGCUCACCGUUGCCCUGCUUCUGGGCAGCAAGUUCUUGGACGACAACACCUUCCAGAACAAAUCGUGGGCGGAGGUUAGCAACAUCCCCGUGAGCGAGUUGAACUCCAUGGAGCUCGACUGGCUCUUCGCCUUUGAGUGGAAGAUUCACGACCGCAUCUACGACAAGCAGGACGGCUUCUCAUCGUGGCGCUCUCACUGGGAAACCUGGCGCGCGAAGACCGUUGCCCGCGCUCAAGAAACGCGCCAUAACUUGGCUCCGAUUGAUACCAAUGUUUCUCGCGGUUCGAGAGUCUCCAAGCCGAUGCUUUCCCCCGAAGGUCCCAUUCCUCCGCAGUAUCAGCGAAGCACCAACUUUGAGAAUUCUUGGCUAAACCCUGCGGCUUCAGAGUACUCGCCUCCUUCUGCUCCUCACAGUGGUCCCAACACCCCGGAUUAUUACACUGUUGGGCCCUGGGCGUACGCUAACCCUCCUCCGCCUUAUUCUCGGACCUGGGUUCCGCCACAGCAAUACAUCCCGCAGGUACCUCGCUCGCAGCCACCGUCGUACCAUCACACGCCGUCCUACGCUCUGCCUUUUGCACAGAGUGUUUGGACUGGUCACGGUUCCUCCUGCGGAUGUUUGUAUUGUGCCAAGCACAUCGAAAACUACAUGUGCGCUGGUCCGUUCGGUGCUAUGCAACCGAUCCUCGCUGGUUAA